AUGCAGAGUCUUAGUGCACCUUCUGCUGCCUUUAGUGAGAAAAAGGCAAAAAUUCUCCAGCAGCUCGCUGUCCCUGACGCCGAAUACUCUGAUGCAUCGCCAAAAGGCACAGUUGACGAAGGGAUCCGAUAUCUCAUUGAUGAAAUAAAUACCGCCGAAGGGUAUGUGACGACAAGUAGCUGCGCUGGUCGUGCAAGUGUCUUUCUUGAAGGUCGAAAAUCCAAAACUGGCGACGGAGAGAAUGGCGAGAGUGAACAAGUUGCAAGAGUAGGUGGCAAGGGAGCGGGAGGUACAUGGCUAUACGUCUCUCAUGAUCCCAAGUCCGAUGGAGGCGAGGGAUAUUUGGAUUGGAUGAAGGAAUUGGGAUUGCCUGAUGCAGCAGAUGGGCUUGAGAUAUCCCAUGAUGCCAGUGAUGAGAGGAGACUCAUACACUUCAAGUUUGAGCCCAUGAUUCUUCACGUUCUUACUGCUUCACUUGGCCACGCCCAGCUUCUGUUAAGAUGCGCCCUGCAAGCAGGAUUCCGAGAAUCUGGCGCCAUCAACAUCACGUCUCCAUCUGGCGAACAAACUACGCCCAUGGUUGCCAUCCGCUCCAUGGGUUUAAGCCUCGAAUCACUCAUUGGCUACGAAGAUGCAAAAGGACAGCGUCGACGCAUAGUUCCCCCGGAGUAUCUCAAGAUGCUCUUGCAAAUCUCCAACGAGCGCUUCGUAGAGAACACAAAGCGGAUAGAGAGAUUCCGAGCAGCGUUGAAAGAGGCCAUACUGGAACCAAAGCCGGCAAACGCACCGAAAAGAUUGAAUCCUGAAGGUAGAGAGUGGGAAGAUGCUGCGGCUAGGCGCGAAAGGCUGCGAGCCGAAGGGUUGAAGAGGAAAGCAGCGCUUCAAACUGAGAAGAAGGAAUCGGCAUCACAAGAUACAGAUAUAGUAGACUUGCAAAUGGAUGCUUCUAAUGAAUAA